AUGCAUCCUCCCCAAAGCAUUUACUACACCAUCACUAAGGUGACAAAGCAUGGACACAUUUACUUACAAAAAGACAAUCAAGAAAAAGUCUACCUUGGAUUAGGAUCAGUUUUUAGACAAAGUGAUAUUAACACUGGUCAAUUGUUGUACAAAUUUAGACGAGUGAUUAAUGAUUGGUCCAAUACCGAAUUACGCAUUGGAGAGGGUUUGAUUUACGUGAAAGAUGAAUUUCAUUUUCGUGUACACCUUCACGCCUAUCGACCCAAACACGAGCACAUCUUUGACAUUGACAUUUUGGAAAGCAAUGAAGACACAAAAGCUACGCCCUCUGUGCUGAAUUUGUCGCUCCAUUUGCGUAAACAGGUGGGUUUUACUAAGAGGCACGAAUUUCUCACAAUACAACCCCCGUUGAUUGAGAUUAAGGGAAAGGAGUGCUUGAAAAUGCCACCCACUCAAAUUAAAUCCCCUCCACUCUUUGAGUAUAUCAUUGAAAUAGUAUCACAACCAAAAAGUGGAAAAGUGUACAUAGUGGAACCGGGUAAAAACUGUGCCAUUGACACGCCCUUCCUGCCAGUGAGUCUUUUGACCAAAGGAAUGCUACUCUAUGCACAUGACGGAUCGCAUCAAACGAUGAACGAUGAAUUUCAAUUUCGGAUCAUCUGUCAGGAUACACGAGGCCUUUUUGACAGUGUAACCGACCAACAGAUGCCUUUGCACCUUUUAACAUUGAAGCAAAUGCUAAAGUACGCUCCACCACUUUGGAAUGCAUUCACGGAGACCUUUCACAUUCGUAUAAAAUCGGAUAAUCACAUUCCACCGCAAAUUAAUCUACGUGUACAGGAUGAAAAGUUGGUUGUAGAGGCGCACGGAGACUCAAUUCUGUCUCAACGUCACUUCUACUUGUCUUGUCCCCAUCCACAAUCGAGUAGCGCCUGCUCGGGCGGUUAUUUUACUGAACAAGGCAAAGACACACUUCUAACUACCAUAGUGGUGUCAUCAACAUCCGCACAAGUUUUCAACGUCAUCCCACAAGUGCCGAGCCGAUUUUGCCUCCACUGUUUCCUGUCGGACGGAGUUUACAGCUACUAUAGGGAGAUACCAACAUUCUACUCCAAAGUAAUGGUUGAAUUGCAAAAGGAAGUGACGAUUACGUCAACCGUAAAUGGCACAACAUACAUCUUCUUUGAGGUGGCCCACAACGCCGAUGUCAGUUCUGAGGACAUUAACCUCCGUGUUGUACGGCCACCGUUUUCCGGGUGCUUACUCUUCGAUGAUCAUACAGCUGAUGAAUUCAACUAUUCAGCUAUUCUACAAUACCGCAUCACCUACUGGCAAUGCAAAUCUCUGCACCAUCGGAUGUUUAGCAUUUCCAAUUUGACUGAACUACGCAGCGCCGCCUUGCUCGAGUCCACCCUGACAGUGGAGGAUUUUGAUGCUCUAACCUUGGCAUUGGCUAUGCCAACUCCGCAAGGCAUCAGUUGGGGUGGUCGUGUCAAUGUCAAAGUCAGGCUUACAAUGAGCGACUUGACAGUCCUGAGGCAUAUAACGUUGCACGCAUCUGUGGCGUUGCCUCGCAUCCAAGUCGAACCGAAUGUGCUGUCUGUGCAGUUGGCGAAUCGAAGUGAUCGACAAUUCACAGAGGUGCAGAUUUCGUGCAGUGCAAUGCAGCUUCGGGACCUGCUGCCUGGGCAGUCAGUGGCGAGGGUGGACGUGUUCUACAAGGUGUUGAGCGGUCCGCAUCGAGGGAAGUUAAUAAUGCUGCGGUCUCAAGUUCGUGUGGCGAAUGUGCAAAUUUUUUCUCUCAAAGAUGUACAAGAAGGUUAUGUCCACUUCAUUCCCUCAACAAAGUGUAAGAAUGAAACUGUUGAUGAUCUCAAUCUCCUCGAGCACCUAACUGACAGUCGUGGAAGUGUUUACAAACGACAGCUAACAAUUCGCAUACGUAUCAGCCAUAGGAGAUACGCCAUUUCGCUGUCGGCACGCCUCGUACGAGGCGACAGGGAGACACGUGUGCCUCGACGGGUGGUGGUUCUCUUCCUGGUGGUCAAAGCGGUGCCACUUCAUCUCACCCGCCUCGCACCACCACAAGUGUGGUGGAACUCGGUGGUUGCGAUUACAAGCGCACAUUUGGCCGCCCAGAAAACUGCUGCGCUCAACGUGGAGGAGGGUGGUGGUGGUGGUGGUGGUGGAGGCGAGAAAGAAGUCAACUGUGGUUCCAUGUGCUGCGAUGGAGGCAUGGAGUACAAGGUGGUGAACACGUACGGUGGCGUGUUGUCAUGGUCGGUGAGUGAGAAGGUGGCAAUCACGUCGUUCGGGGACCGUGAAGUGAGAGAGGGUGGAGUGGCAUUCCAUCAUGACGGUGAGUGGCAUCAGCAAAGUGCUCUCCUCGCUUUUGGCCUUACUCUUCUUCCUCCUCCUCCUCCUCUUCUUCUCUUGUAG